AUGCACAUCGGCUCCGGCGUCGAUUAUUCGCACUUGAAAGAGGUCUGCAACGCAAUGACCGAGCUGAUAAAGAAAAUUCGCCUGGAAAUUGAACCUGGACGAUUUUUGGUGGCUGAAUCGGGAGUGCUGAUUGCGAGGGUUCAGGCAAUUCAAAAACGCCCGGGCAGCUAUGAUUUCCUGUUAAUUGACGCCGGCUUCAGUGAUCUGAUGCGCCCAGCGCUCUACGGAAGCUAUCACGAAAUCUCGAUCCUAAAUUCGGAUCAGAAUGGAAAAAUGGUUGAAUACGCCAUCGCCGGCCCGUUAUGUGAGUCCGGGGAUGUCUAUACUCAAGAAGAGGGCGGUCUAGUGACGACAAGAAGCCUACCAGAAGCCAAGAUUGGUGACCUAUUAAUCAUCCAUACCACCGGUGCCUACGGAGCGUCAAUGUCGUCAAAUUACAAUACUCGACCACUGGCUGCGGAGGUACUCGUCGAAAACAGCGUGCCCCGCCUAAUCCGCCGACGCCAGACCGUUGAGGAAUUGUUGGGGCUCGACGUUUUC